GCCUGUAGGUGGGUGUGUUUAACAGAACGAAGCCAUGGGAACCAGCCUGUCAGCCAGCCUUUCAGGCUAAUUAGCUCAGCAUACAACAAAGAUAAGUGAGCCUGAGAGGAGGGCCCUGAGGGUCUUUAGAUUCUGGGAAAUGUCUGAUUGGCAGAUGUUAAAAGGGAUUCUUUGGUAAUCCAGUGCAUCAAUGAGCUGCACAAAUUCAGUCCAGAGCUGCAAGAAUUCAGGCAUGAGGAGACUGUGCAGGAGGCUUGCACAGGCAGACCCGAGAUGGACAGAACCUUGGAAUCUCUGAGGCACAUCAUUGCCCAAGCCUUGCCUCACAGAGACCCCGCUUUGGUCUUCAAAGACUUGAACGUUGUGUCAAUGUUACAGGAAUUUUGGGAAAGCAAGCAGCAGCAGAGAGCCACGUUCUCCAGCGAGGGGCUGGUGGUCUAUGAGUCGAUGCCUUCCUCUGGGCCUCCCUUCGUGAGCUAUGUGACUCUCCCUGGAGGGAGCUGUUUUGGCAACUUUCAGUGCUGCUUAAGUAGAGCUGAGGCCAGGCGGGAUGCUGCUAAAGUGGCGCUCAUCAACUCUCUCUUCAACGAGCUGCCCUCCCGAAGAAUCACCAAGGAGUUCAUCAUGGAGAGUGUUCAGGAAGCAGUAGCUUCCACCAGGGGCACUUUAGACGACGCGGAUGACCCCAGCACGAGUGUGGGAGCCUACCACUACAUGCUGGAGUCAAACAUGGGGAAGACUAUGCUGGAGUUUCAGGAACUAAUGACCAUUUUCCAACUACUGCACUGGAAUGGAAGCCUGAAAGCCCUCCGUGAAACAAAGUGCUCUCGACAGGAAGUCAUCUCCUAUUAUUCCCAAUAUUCUUUAGAUGAAAAGAUGCGUAGCCACAUGGCCCUGGACUGGAUUAUGAAAGAGCGUGAAUCACCAGGAAUUCUCUCUCAAGAGCUGCGUGCAGCCCUGGAACAGCUGGAAGAAGCCAGGAAGGCUGGACAAGAACUACGAUUUUACAAAGAAAAGAAAGAAAUCCUGAGCUUGGCUCUGACUCAGAUCUAUAGCGACCCUGACCCUUCCUCACCCAGCGAUGACCAGCUAAGCCUCACGGCCCUGUGUGGCUAUCAUUAGCAAGGCCAGGUCUCAGGUUUCCUGAGGACUUUCACAUCAGGAAUCUACUUGACAGAAGUUGUUAGAGAUGUUAGUAAGAUAGUCAUUACCUGAAGGCUGGAGUGCUCCUACACAGUCUGUUCACAGAAUGGGAGGCUAGGUGGGCUGGUCCAGAUCCUAACUUCGACUUCACGCAUGUUUUCAACCAUUCCCUUAGUGGACUUGUUUCAGAAUGAAAGAAAGACAACAAAACUGCUUUAGAAAGUUUUCUUCAGGGUUUGAUCUAGUCUUAAAAACCUCGUUGACGUGUGCCUUGCUAACUUUUAUGCAUUGCUUCACACAGCAGUCCAGUAUAGCAGCCUUGAAGAGAACAGCAGCCGGGACUAAGGGAAGGGUCCUGAUACCUUUUUUUCUUUUUUCUUUUUAAUGACACAGUUUCUCUGUGUCACCUUGCCUGUCCUGGAACUUGUCUGUAGAUCAGAUUGUCCUUGAACUCAGAGAUCUGCCCUUCUGAGUGCUGGGAUUAAAGAUAUGUGUCCAUAAACACCUGGCUUAUAACAAUGUUUUAAAUAUUAAAGAUUAAAUAAAUAGUACAGAUGAUUAAAAAAAAAAAGUACAACAGUCGGCAUGUUUUUGAACCCUCCUGAAAAUUACUGUAUUCUCAUUAUGUAUUUUGAAAUUAGCUAAAGAAAAAUUAUCACAUAUAAUUCUCAGACAAGAUGAAAUUAAGUACAUAACUGUGUUAUUCCAAUGUCCUAAAAAGGUAAUGGUGUAUAAUGUUAGAUUUCAUUUUAAAAUGAUAUUUUAACAAAAAUCAUAACACUUCCCAUAAUGAGGCUAAAUGUCAUCACGAAGAAAAACUUUAGAUUUUUGUAAUCUUGAGAAGGAAUUAGGAUUUUUUUUUAUUUGUUGAAUAAAUUUUUAAGUGAAAGAAAUUUCUACUUCACUUUUUUCACAAAAUCACUCUCAUUUCAAAUCCAGCACAUUCCCAUAUGUUGGCUGUAAUCUUUACACGAGGCACAUCUUUACUGUAUUUGGCAAUAUCCACCUCAGAAGACCGAUGUCUGAUUAGAUACAAGAACCAUGCUUGGGUGGACCAAUGUCAAGCUUCGCUUCUCUUUUAUAAUCAUGACACUGUACAAAUACUCUGUACUGAAAAUUAUGUAGACUACUUUUCCUCGGAAUAUUCUCAGAAACUUCAGCAAAAGCAGCAAAGGUUAUGGCCACGGCUGUCCCUGUCUAACAGCAAAUCAACUUCAGCUGGGACAUUGUGCCAGCAGAGUCUCACAAGUCUGUAACACUGGUGCACGUCUCGUCCUUAAUACUGCACUGUAGAAAGGAAUGAGAGGAAAGGAGUCUCUAAGAAGAUGGAGGCAUGAAGAUGCUGGUUGCUGUUGCUAUGAACUCUCUGAAAACUGGAUACAAAGCCACAGACUAAUUCAUAGCAAAAUAUAACAAUUUCAUAAAACAUAUGGCCCUGCCCUAAAAUUUAUGGAUUAGCUCAGAGCAUCAUUGACCCUUAGUUUGAAGCUCACAAUUUUAAAAGCGUACAUAGUCUUUCACUUCACAUCAGAGACCUAAUAACCCAUAGACCAUAUUUUUAAGAUGACUACCAUCAUUCUGAAAUCAAGAGUUGUAUUGUUUGGGCCAUGAUAGUUUAAUUUUUAUAAAAAUCAAAAUAUACUUUGUUGUUAUGGAAAAAGAAACUAAGACAAACUAGACACUAAACUUUGGCAACUGUAUCAGAAUUUUACAGAUUUAAUAAAAUCAUUAUUCCUUCAAUA